CCACCUGGUCCAGGAAUCUGUGACCCAGGACAAGAAUGUUAAAUUUCUCCUCUGCUUUCCUGCCGUAAGAUACUCGAGGUGACAACUUCCGUUUCCGGUUGCCUCCGGCUGGUGGGUUGAAUCUUGAGUGUCCUGAGAGGUCAGAUUGCUGUCAGACAUGGCCCAUGGACAUGGACAUGAACAUGGUCAUAGUAAAAUGGAACUUCCAGAUUAUAAACAAUGGAAUAUAGAAGGGACACCGUUAGAAACUGUCCAGGAGAAGCUGGCUGCACGAGGGCUAAGGGAUCCAUGGGCCCGCAAUGAAGCUUGGAGAUACACUGGUGGCUUUGCAAAUAAUGUUUCCUUUGUUGGUGCAUUAUUAAAAGGAUUCAAAUGGGGAUUUGCUGCAUUUGUGGUAGCUGUAGGGGCUGAAUAUUACCUGGAGUCCCAGAAAAAAGAUAAGAAGCAUCACUGAAGAUAAUACCUGGAAUUAUCUUUUAAUGUCUUCUUAACUCUCUUAUAAAAAGAAGAUUUCUUCACUGUAGCCUACUCAUCUGUGUGUUUGUUCCUUACUUGGUUCUAGUAAGAUUUAAUAAAGUAAGAGAACAUGUA